UUUGGGCAUUUCGAGAGAAAAACUUGAAGCUUUCUUAAUUCAUGCAAUGGAAGUUGGCUUGGUUUCUGAUGGUGCUCUAGCACAAGACAUUAACCAAGCAUUAUUGUUUUGGCGUUUACGUGAGGGUUUAGCAGAAGCAUUGCAAAAAUCAGGGGCAGUUUACAAAUAUGAUUUGUCUAUACCUGUUGAAAAGAUGUAUGAUCUUGUAGAGGAGAUGCGAACAAGACUUGAUGAAGUCCAUGGCUGGCACCCAAGCUUAGCCUUGGCCCCAGAAGUUGAAGAAGAAAGCUUAGAACUGAGCAUGAUUGAUGCAGCAAGUGGGGGAGCACUGGUGGACAAGACUCCUGCUGCAGCUAGGAGCUUAAUUUCUAAUAUGGAAGCUAAUUCUCAACAGUUUGGAGUUCGUCAAGAAGUUUCAGUUAAGGGAUUAAAUGAGACAAACUCUAAUGUAGAACAACAGCUGGCACAAUUAACUAGUAUGGUUUAA